CUGAGAAACGAACAACAAUCGCGGCGCGCUUGUUGUCAACUUCACGUCAGUCAUUUUAUACGCUGGCUAAAUUUUUCACGGUCGAAGAUAUCGGAAAAAAUCGUUGUCAUCGGCGGCGGAUUUUUAAAGCAACAUAAUGAGUUCUGGAAUGCCCGAGUUGGGCUCCAAGAUAAGCCUAAUAUCUAAAGCUGACAUCCGAUAUGAAGGACGACUUUUCACCGUAGAUCCUCAGAAAUGUACCAUCGCUUUGGCUAGCGUGCGAUCUUUUGGUACUGAGGAUCGUGAAUCGCAGUUCCCCAUUGCCCCUCAAAGUCAGGUGUAUGAUUACAUCUUGUUUCGUGGGUCUGACAUAAAGGACAUAAGGGUUUUGAAUGAUGUCCCCUCUUUGCCCAACGAUCCUGCCAUCAUGCAGAUGUCUGUACCGGCGUCCUUGGGAGGUGGUACGUCUGCUCCAGGACAAUAUGCGGGACAGUUCAAUCAUCCUGUGGUGGGGCAGACGCAGUAUCCUCAAUAUCACCCUAUGGCUGGAUUCCCAGGAGGUGUGCACACCCAACUUAACAAGACUAGUGAGUUGUCUCCGCAGACAUCUGUGGAUUUGGUGACUCAGCCCCAACCUACAACUGCUCCAAUUGGAUCAGGAGUGGUUCAUCACUCCAACCAAGUGAAAGACCAAGGUUCAAUGUUAGAUCUCAUUGGAGGGGGCUCGCAGCAAACGUCGUCUCGAUCUGGUACUCCGGCCGUUGGCCACAGGAAGAGUCCUACUGCGGACCAAAGUACCCAGGUGGGUUCUGUAGCGAGUGGAUCGGGGCAGCAGCGUGACAGCCGCCGCGGCAGCAAUUCUGGCGGUGGUCAGAAGCAGAUACGCAACCGCACCAACUCUCGCAAUAGGCAGCGCUACCCCAGCGGCGGAGCGCCCUCGCAUCAGCCCCACCAGUCCCAUCAACAGCAUCAACAACAUCAACAGCACCAUCAACAGCAUCAACAUCAACAACACCAACAGCCGCAGACGUCGGCGCAGCCCCACCAUCAUCAUCAGACUGGACAAGGGUAUAAUCGCGGUGGAUGGCGAGGCCGCCCGCGUGGCCGUGGUCGUGGUUUCGUACCGCGUAACAAGAACACCUUGAAGUUUGACAACGAUUAUGACUUCGAGCAAGCAAACACCGAGUUUGAAGAGCUGCGUAGUCAGCUCGCCAAGACUAAGAUCUCUGAUGAAGUAGUUAAAGUUGAGGGUGAAGUAGACAAGAAAGAUGACUCUGGUAAUGAGACUGGUGCGGGCGAAGCUGAAUUGGAUGAGGAUCAAAGCGGAUUCACUGGCUAUGAUAAAAACAAGAGCUUCUUCGACAACAUCUCAUGUGAAGCUGUCGAGAGACUGAAGGGUAGAAGUCAGCGGACGGAUUGGCGGACGGAGCGCAAACUGAACUCUGAGACGUUCGGCGUGGCGUCAGCAAGGCGCGGCGCGUGGCGCGGCCGCCCCGUGUGGAGGCAUCACAACAUGCACAACGUGCACAACCCUCAUCAGGCAUGGAGGGUGAUGCGUGGUGGAGGGCGUGGUCGCGGCAACAGCGGCGGGCGGCGUGCUCCCAACCCCGCGCCCGUGUCCGCGUCCGCUCCCGCCUCCGCCCCCGCGCCUGCUCCCGCCCCCGCUACCGCACCCGCCGUCGGCGCCGCCCAGUGACCCCGCUACACGCAUGCAAAGUAGAGAAGAGGUGCGAUGCUGAGUAUACAAUGAAUCUUAAUUUAUUAUCGCGAGGACUAAUCAGGAAAGCAGAUGUAACGGAAAAGUGUAAAAUGGUGAUUGAAAUGUUAAAUGUAAUCAGUUUAAAAAACGUAAUUUGUCCUUGCGGGAAGUAAUAUAGUGGUGAGGAUAUAAGCAGACGGACAUUGUUUUGGUGUGAUAGUGUUGUAUCCAAUAUAAUGGAAGGAAAAAGUCGGAAAUUCCCGUAAGCAUGCGCAAGAACAAAAGUGUCUUCGCUAGGAGGCGCGCUCACAUUAGUUUAUUGUAAUUAUAGGAAUGCAGUGAGCGGUGGUAUAUAUUGUUUUUGGGCAAAUUGUACAUUGACAUAAUGGUGGGCUGUAUGAUCCAGUCGCAACUCGACCGUAAAUUAAAAAGCGGCAUAAGGUUAAAUUAUGUAAUGUCAUUGCCGUCAUGCAAGGUGAGAAAUUUAAACUUAACACGUCUCCCUGUGCAAUUUUUACAGAGGCUAUGUAAAAUCCUGCAUAGUGAAAUUGAAAUGUUUGUUUAUGUCAUGGCUCAUGAAAAAUGUCCUUGAAGCUUCUCACCUAUUAUGCGCAUUUGUGCCUAUUUAAAAGUUGUAACGAAAGUUAGUUAAUAAUGUACAUGUUUUAUUAUUUCCAAAGGGUCAUUGUACUUCCAAUUAAAAGUGACCAAUGACCAGUUGUAUUUAUAAACAGCAGUCCUACUUAAUUGUGUUAAGAUAACACUCCUUUUGUAUGCUCAUGUACAGUAAAUGAAUGAAGGAUUCUGCUGGUCAGACAGGCUGAAAGAUAAAUUUUAUUGCGGUCAAUACGGAGGCUUAGAUGUUGACGUUUUGCAAUUGGCCCUAUGUGAAUAGAAUGUGGAUGACGUUGUUUUAUUGACUGUCGUUUUAUUGUUAAUAAAUAGAUAAAUGAAAUGUGAUAGUAGGACUGCUGGCGCGAUCCUGUGACGGUGCCAUGGGCCGGUAGAGAUAUAUGAACUUUUAUUACAGUUGCCAAAAGUUACAGUGCUGUAAUGGAUGUUUCGGUAUCUAGUUUUUUUUUUAGUUGUGAAUGGUAAUUUGUAGUGAACGAUACUUAGCCGAUGCCGGUGGGACCGCCACUUUGAUUUAUGCCAGAAUCAUUCGAAAUACGAAAGUAAUCCACUGUUUUAUCACACAAAUUUUAGUACCUAUUCGAAACUUUUAGGAAGAGGACUUCGUUUAAUUAUUUAAAGAAAUUGGAAAUAGUUUGUCGGUAAAUCUACAUUCUACUAUUAUUACCAUUGUUUGGCAAAAGUCCUUUUCGUGUGAAAAUGUGAAAUAACUUUUGACAAGAUGCAUUAUAUUUGUAAAAAAAAAUCUGUAACUCAAAAACUGUACCUGGUGAUUGUAUUGAUAUCGAAAUAUACAUUUACUACAAAUCUUCCAAAAAUGACUUUUUAUUAAAGAAACAACAUGAUUGGUUUUAAACAUUUUAUUGCAAAUUAAUAAUAUAUUUAUAAAAGUCCGCUAACCUUCAACAAACUUCAUACAAAAUGUAAUACAAACUUAGUAAAAAAACAGCAAAUACAUACACCCUACAAUAUUAUUUAAACAAAAUGUUUCACAUCCGUAACAAUUUGGAAGCUGUUAAAAUAUGCGUGUAUGUAUUUAUAUACAUACUGAUGUAUACAAUUAUAAAGAGUAGGAAGGUACACAAUACAAGCACUUACGUCUACAUUUUAUAACUAUAAUGUAUAUUACAUUGUAUUUUAUUUAUAAAAUAUAUCUUAAAAAAUAUAUAAAUACCGCUUCUUAUAUGAUGAGAA